AUGGAAUCUUGCAGAGAGUUGCGCAUUCACCUUUGGAAUCACAAUGUCGCGAAAGGCAUCGCUAUUGAGCAGACAAGAGCGCGACAUGGGGGCAAACAUAGCAUGAGCCUCAGAGCCUCUGCACCUCGCACUCCUCUUGUUGAAAUUCUUCCCAACAGCCAGAUUCCCAAUCCCAGAAAGCGUAAACGACAGGAUACAACCUCCCUCACAGAGAAGCACCUCGUGACACACACAAAAACCAUGGGCGAUCAAGAGCCCCAAGAGCCCCGCAAACGUGGUCGCCCCCCCAAGCUCCUACCUCCAGAAUUCUCGAAGACCUCUCAGCAAAAGACGCGAUCCCCAGAUAAGUCCCAGCGCGGCAAGAGCUUGAACAAAAUAUGUAAUCUCCAGUCGCUCGACUUGAAGAACCUGGAGACCGCCUUGCCCUCUGUGGCACUCAUCGAUUUGACUGCGGCGAGAAAGAAGUACAAGGCUGCUGUUCCGCAGGCAGUUCUCGACCUUCACAAGGAGCUUGAUGCAGUACCUUUUGGUCUCGUACCUCCCAAGCUUCAGUCAAAAUAUAAAGCAGACAUUGUGACGCCGGAGAAGAGCAAGGCCAUGCCACCACACUCUCUGUUCGGACCUACACCUGUGCCGGUGCCCCUCGAUGGUGUAAGACUGGAUGUUUUCAAAGAAAAACUGGAUGAUAUCUUAGCAGAGGCUGCAUGGAAUCAGGAGACGGGGGCACACGAAAGACAGUGGGGAAACACGGCCGCCCAACUUCUGCAUCAAGUGAUUGAUUGGAUUCCACGUGAUGAACACAGGCAGGUGCAGCUUUGGUUGGUGAACAUCGAGACUUCCGCCAUUGAACCGAUCGAGCUUCAACCUUCCAUUCGUGGAUGCUCAAUCGUCAAUAAUGCUCAGACUACACAAGAGGAUACUACAACUGCCUCUGAAGAUGGUCGGCCACUCACUCGCAUGAUAGACUGGGGCGUUGCCCUGCUUCCAACCCAUGAUGAAAGCACACUCAUCUCCGAAAAGUACUCUCAAUAUGAUCACAUAUGGCUGCACUCCCUGAAUCAAACGUAUUCCUUCGCCCGAAAUCUCCCCUUUUGCCUCGACAUUGAAUUGAAAAAGGCGGCUCAGAAUAAGGAUCCUCGCGUCCAGCUAGCGAUCUGGGCGCAGGCGGGAUACAAAAAGCGCAAGAUGCACGAAUGGGACACUACUUUUCCAAUGCCAGGCAUUGCGGUAGAUGGGCAUGAUUGGACAUUGUUCUUGUUCUUCUCGGUAGUCGAAGACCAAUUGGUGAUGCUGGGCCCUAUCGACAUUGGAAGCACCAAGAACCUCGAACGCGGCUGGAAACUCGUGCAUAGUCUGCAUAUUCUACUGAAAUGGGGCGUUACAGAGUACCGAAAAUGGUACAAUAAAGAAAUCAUCGGGUUGGCCGAAAGCGAACAGGCGCUCCGUCUGGCAGAUGACCUUGCAGUAGAUGAGUGA